AUGCCUCUGACUUUCAAUCACGACACCACCAUCCGUAUCUCCCCUGCUAGGGACGACUUUGACAUAACCUUCGAGGAGUACACCUCGUCGGCUGCGCCUUCUUCCCAUGCAAGAGCGCCUGGUGGGAACGAUACCUAUCCGGUGCCGGCUAUCAUCCAUAAUGUGUUCCUCGGAUCGAGCGACCUCCUCCGGUCCUCAUGGGCUCUAGCAGCCCAUGCCUGCAGGGUUGUCCACCCGGAUUACAACUUCGAGUUCUGGGACAAUGCGAGGGCUGAAAGGUUUGUCCGCCGCGAGUACCCCGAACUGUGGCCGACGUGGAAGAACUACCGCUACGAUAGCCAGCGGGCAGAUAGCCUGCGGUACAUGGUUCUUCACCACUACGGAGGUAUCUUCCUCGACCUCGACCUCCUCUGCCUCCGACCGCUCACGCCGUUGCGUGCCUUCGACUUUGUCGCUCCUGCUGCCUACCCGUCCGGCAUAUCCAAUGGUUUCCUCCUAUCCAGACCAAAAGGACCGUUCCUGGCCGAAGUCAUCUCCAAUCUGCCCAGAUACGACGUCUCCUGGUUCGGCCUCCCUCAUGCCACAAUCAGCUUCUCCACCGGAUGUCAUUUCCUCUCAACCAUGCACCUCUUCACCAAGACAGACCGAUCAAUCCUUCGGAUUCUAUGGGGGCCUCGCCGUCUACACCACUUGAGUGGAAAUGCAACUACUCCCCUGUUUCAUCACUUCGGCUCUUCUUCGCGGCACUCAUACAACGCCGACUUCUUCGAGGCCCUCAAACCUCCUCCUCAGUCGCUUUUCCGCAUCGGCGCAACCCGUUCUGAACGGGAUUGGGCGGCAAUAAUAUUGUUCACAGCCAUUGCAAUAUCGACUUUUGUUGCCACAGUGUUAUUUGUGGUCUAUCGCCUGAAAACGCGCUCCAAUAGACAGCGGUUAGUGCAGUGA